GGAGGGGUAGGAAAGGGAGGGGCGGAAAUCGAGUCCGUCUGCUUGACUCACGAGUGUGGCGUGGGGCAGGAUCACUUUUUAAGCUCGUUUAUGGACACCAUUUCAUCCUCAGAGUCACGAGGCCUUUGAAUUUCACGCGGAAAACAGUACGUUCCAGUGUUCUUCAUCUUAUAAACUCUGCGUCAGGAAACAGCCGUUGGAAGUUUGCUGUGGUGCGUUCAGAGGUUGUCUCACAGAAACAACACCAACCAUGAAUGUAACAAAUUGGAAUGUCUCCACCCCCUCUGGAGCAGAAAAAGCAAUGACUACAACACCAACUCCACUGCCCUCUGUGGUAGUUUCUACACAACCACACAUCACCUUCGCUCCAGUGGUAACAACAGAAGCUCCAUCUGGUCCAGACUCUGCCAUCGUCGGAGUGGUCGUAGUUGUCAUCCUCGUGACGCUGGUCGUUUUCGGAGUCCUGCUGUAUCGCUAUUUCUGCCACAACAAAGGCGACUACAGGACAACGGGGGAGUUGGCUCCUGGAGAUGAUCCCGACGAGUCUAGCAACCAGACCGCGGGGGAGAAAAAGGAAUACUUCAUCUGAAGCUGGGAUUGAGACUGUAGGGGGGGAGGAAAAUAACUAUGUGGACUUGAUGUUUUAGGGUUUUUAUGUUAUGUGGUUGAAGGGAAAGUUGUUACUGUUGAGUUGGCAAAGAAAAACUCAAGCGAACCCAAAGAUGGGAAUCGUAAGACUUGAUGGACAGAAAGCAGGUGAAGCAUAAGUGGGUGUAGUAGAACCAGACGUGAAACAGGUGCUGGGAUUUUUUACAUUUUUUUAUUUUAUUUAAAGGCUUCACUCACUUAUCUGAAAUAUAUCCAGCAGCAGCCAGAAUGUAAUGCUGGUGUGUCUGUGACACUCAUAUGGUUUUUUUGUAUCUGAAUUUGAAGUUUCUUGUUGUGUUCACACGACCAGUAUUGUUCCCAAACUGCAGUUGAUGUUUUUGGCACUACCGUGUGGCUUUUAACCUUUUAUAUCUGUUUGAUUUUUAACAGUUCUGUGAUAAGCUUGUUUAAAGCCAUGUCUGCUUUAGGACAGGUCAGGAAAAAAUGUUUGUCUGGCUUUUGUGCACCUGGUCUUAUUAUUUUUUUUGUAUAAGCUAUUGCCUGAAAUUGUUCCUGAUGACAUUCUUAGUUACACUUUGAAGGCAAAGCUCUUUUUUUUAAGCGUUUGAUUUAUCAGAAAUGUGUAUUUUACAUGUUUUGAAGUUCUGUAUUUUGUGUUUAAAAAAAAAAGAGAGACUUUGGUCUUUGUUUACGCCUGUGACAACGGUCCCAGAUGAGCAGAUGAAAAUGGAAAAUAAAAACUUUGGUUUAAAGUCAAGAUAAGUCAUUA